CCGGUAUAAAUGCUGGUGCAGGACCAGGUGCUAUUAUACUAGUGACACCAGACAUGAAGCUCGUUGCUGUCUCCCUGGGGCUGGUCCUGCUGGCAGCGGUGGCUGCAGCGGAGAAACCAGGCGACUGUCCGGUGACCCCUACGUUAAUAAAAUGUGAAAAGGACCCGAAUCCCGGGUGUGGGAGUGACUCGGACUGUGGCAGCUACCUGAAGUGCUGUAACUACGCCUGCCACAUACAAUGCGUGGAACCUGCCGGGAAGAAACCAGGCGAGUGUCUGGUGGUCAAUACGUUUGCACCGUGUGGAGAUAGCACUAUAACGGACUGUACCAGCGACUGGGCGUGUGGCGGCAGCCAGAAGUGCUGUGACACCGGCUGCCACAUACAAUGCGCGGAUCCUGUCGCUAAGUCCUGAUCUCUCAGCAAGGGACAGAAGAGGCCGCAGCAUGACCCCACUGUGACGGCAGAGCUGCUGCAGAACCUCCUACCUACCUUUCUCACAGCAAUUACAGGAUCAUUCACUUCAUGCAGAAGAACGUUUCUUUGUCCUGUCUCCUAUGAAUGGAGAUACAUUGUAUCACUGUCAUACACAUAUAAUAAACUAUGAGAUCGCA